AUGAGCAGCAGCGGCAGCAGCAGCGUGGCGCAGGGCCGGCUGCAGGUGCUGCAGGUCUACCGCCUGCUGCAGUGUGUGCGUGAGGCGGAUAGAGAGCAGAUCGAGAAGAUGGUGAAGCUGGGGGUGGACGGCCUCAUCAACCUGACCGAGCCGGAGGACGGCAUGGGGCCGCUUCACAUGGCCGUCUCAGUCAACAGUCACGAGCUCGUCAGCUUCCUUCUCUCCCACGGAGCUCAUCCCAACAUCCAGGACAGGAAGGGCCGCACCCCGGUCAUGUUAGCGGCUCAGCUGGGCAGUGACACUAUCGUAAAUCUGCUGAUCCAGAACCAAGCUGACCUGCUGCUCCAGGACGCUGAGGGCAAAGGCGUGUUGUUCUACUGCAUCUACCCCACCAAGCGCCACUUCCGCUGCCUGCAGGCGGCGCUCAGUUCCCGGGCAGACCCCAACAACGUGUCGGCUGAGGGGACACACGUCUUCCAGGUGGCGUGUGAGAAAGCACUGGAGUGCACUCCCAUGUGUCUCGUCAUGCUGCAUGGUGGCGCAGACCCUAAUGCAGCCAAUCAGAAAACCGGCGUCACUGUGUUAAUGGAGGCAGCCAGAGCAGGCUCACUGCAGCUUGUUCGAGCCAUCCUCCAGAGAGGAGGAAACCCAAAUGCUCUGGAUCAAAGACACCUCUCAGCUGUGCACUACGCUGCCAUGGGCGGCUUCUUUGAGGUGAUUCAGGUGCUGUCUGCUUACUCAGCAGCCAUGAGUAUCAUCAACCUGGAUAAAUGCACGCCCUUACACUAUGCUGCUGCCUCAGGCAACGCCAACUGCUGCAAGUUCCUGGCACAAAGAGGUUGUAACCCCAAACUGAAGAACCAGGAGGGUUUGCUGCCUCGCCAAAUAGCCAAAGACUCUGGUCAUAAAGCAGCGGCCAAGGAACUGAGGAAAGCAGAGAGGCAGCAUGGGAAAGGCAAGAAACCCAGCGGGGCCGGCCCCAUGUCUGACGUGUGGGCCCUGACCCUCCACGACUGGUCCCACGAGAACCAGGCUGAACUACGCCAAGCUUUCGGAAACGGCUCGGACAUAAUUACAACCGAGAUGUUCAUUUCUGUGUUGGAGGGUCUGAAGGCUCCAGUUGAACCGGAGCAGCUUCAUCUAGUCGUCACAGCCCAUGACAAGAGAAGAGAGGGAUGUGUUAACAUUAACGAGUUCUUCAAGGGUGUGAAGUACAUCAAGAAGCCUUUCCUGCUCGCCUCUUAUGUGCCCAAGAAGAAAAAAGGAGCGAAGGGUGCAAAAGGAGGCAAGAAGAAAAAGAAGAAGGAGAAAUUUGCUCUCCCUAUUUGCACGCUCCCGCCAGAGCUCAUGGCCCGGCGAGCGGACGGCGGCCCGCCCCACUUCAUGAUUGAGAAAUUCUGCCACUGCUCGGACGUCAACAGGUUCGGCAGCGAUCGUCCUCCGGACCAUCCCAUAGUCAACGACUCGGGAUGGUACAUGGAGAAGCCAGACAGGGCCUACAUCAACAUCAGCCACUGCGUCAGAAAUGAGGAUCUCCAGUCGCUGGACCUCGCUUUCAGUCAGGGGGUUCCCGUGGACGUCCAGGACGAGUUCUACAAGACGCCGCUGAUGGUGGCGUGCUCCAGCGGAAACUAUGAGGUGGUGCAGUACCUCCUCAGCAAGGGGGCCAGCGUGAACACGUGCGACCAGUUUUUCUGGACUCCCCUCCAUCACGCGGCUUCGUCUGGCCAUGUGGAGAUUGUUGAACUCCUGGUGGCGGCCGGGGCAACAGUCAAUGGCCAGGCCCUGAGUGGAGGCACGCCCCUCAUGAGGGCCAUCGAGAGCUCUCAGUCCUCCUGCGUGGACUUUCUCAUCAAAGCCGGGGCCAGCGUGAACGCAGAGAACAAGAGAGGACAAAAUUGUCUUGAUAUCGCCAGAGCGUUUGCAGACUCCAGGAUAAUUGACCUGGUCAAGAACAAAAUGGAUUCGCUCCCGAAACCAAAGGACGCCGUGAAGGGACGGGGAGACAAAACUCAAAAACCCAAAUCUGCGAAGAAGAGCGUCGCUGCCGAAAGCGCACUGCGCACAGAGAGCAUGACUGCAGGACAGACGCCUCUGCAGAAGGAUUCGAAGGGCAUCAUCCAGCAGAACGCCAGGAUCACCACAGGGCAGGCUAACGCCGUCGAUAUCUCCUUUGUGCCAAAAACGGUUUGGGGAAAGCCAGCCACCACCAGUCAACUGAUGUCAAAAAUUGAGAAAAGGAAGGGGCCUUUGUCCCUCGAGGUGGACUUGGACGACUUCAUGAUGCCGUUCAGCCAAAGCAUCCAGAGGAAGAUACUUGCUAUGAAAGAUUCCACGGGCUGAGCUGGAAGACGCGUAGGCAGAGAGAGACACUCAGGAUUCCUGUAGCUGGAGUGGACUUCUACCAUGAAACAGCUUUUCCUCUCAAAGGUGCAAUAAGUAAUAUUACGUC